CCUUUAAUAAUUUUUUCUCAUCUAAAUAUCGAAAUCAUGAAAUCAUAUUGAUUUCUCCCGGUUGAACUCUUCUCCGAAAAUGCGAUCUUUUAUUGGCGCAUUUUAUCCAUUCAGCUUUCCUUUCUUUGUUUGGAACUAACAGCGUGUGAACAAUAUCAUGAAAUUAGAGUUUUUUUCAUUGAUCGAUGACUCUGCUUGUUUUGCAUCCAUCUUGUUGCAUACCAAGGGAUCAUUCGGGCAUACCGUUCGUACAAGAAUCUUGUUCAUCGGGCAUUGACCGAGGUGUAAGCGAAGCUGGUGUAGCACGACCUGUGUUUGUGUUGAGAGAAUGGGACAGAGUCGUUCACGGACAGGUGCACGUGCUCCGGAAAUAAUAGAGUCUGACGAAGAUGAAUCUGAUCUAGAUGAAUUAGAAGAUCCGGUUGUAUACAAACUAAGGGAUAUAUCACAUGGAAUGUUUCAAGCCUGGAAAUCUAGGUUUCCAGAAUCAUACAAAAAUGUUCAAAUAUCCAAUGGUGAUUUAUUUGAAAGUGCACCAGCUGCUGAUGCUAUAGUAUGUCCUGUAAACAGCUUUGGUUUUAUGGAUGGGGGGAUAAACAUGGCAUAUUCCAAAUACUUUGGCGGGCAAAUGCAAGAACGGUUACAACAUGUUAUUCGAAAAAAAUAUCGUGGAGAAAUUUUAGUGGGUCAAGCUGUGAUUCUUCCUGCCUAUAGCUGGCAUACACACCCAUCAGAAAAAGACCUACAGGGGUUUAAUGAGGGGCUUCCUAUCAAUUACCUGAUAGCUGCCCCCACCAUGAGGAUACCCCAAGGUGUGGAGAACACCGUCAAUGCCUACCUGGCAUUUAGAGCUGUGAUACUGGCAGUACGUGAACACAAUAAGCGGAACUAUGGCAGUAGAAAGAUCCGCAGCGUGCUGUGUCCGGGACUAGGAACUGACAUAGGGUUGAUGGAUCACGAUCAGUGCGCGAACCAAAUGUGUUUGGCCUACGAGACACAUGGAUUGAAACUCCCAGACCAGCAAUUCCGGAUCCAUCCAGACAACAUUCUUUCAAUGGAAAUGGAUCAAUCACAUAUGACAGAGGAGUCGCGAAUAAAAAAGUCAAAACCCAUUGGCAACGCAGACAUUUAAGGAAUAAGGAAAGACCAAU